AUGGACCAUAGCAAAUUCAAAAAUCUAAGUUAGAUUUUUCAGAUCAAUACAUUUACAUCUGGAGUAGUUAUGCGCUCAUUAAUUUAAAAGUUUCUCAAUUAAAAAUUCAGUCGUUAACAUCCUCCUUCAAACAUUUCAACGAAUUAAGUGGUUAAUAAGAUAAAUGGGUCAACCAAUAUAGGCCGGAAAAACCCACCCAUAAAGAAAAAUAGUAAUAAAUAGAUGACAUUAUCUUAGUAAAUGAAUAAAAAGCUUAAGUAAAAGCCAAUAUUAUCUUUGAAUGCAACUCAAAGUAUGCACUUUCCAGUAAAGAAAGGUUAAGAUCAAGCAAAUAAUAAUCAAAGAAGCAUAGUUUUUAUGAAACGUAGGGUGCAUAGCUUGGGUGAAGAGUCUCAAAUCUUAUAGGAACCUUCUGUAGUAUUCGAUGCAUAAAGAAAUUCCAAAUAAUCACUUCUAAAUACCAGAAAUAAGAUUAUGGCUGCAAAAGCAUUCGAAAAAAUUAGCAAUUAGGAUUUGUUAAGCAAGAGCUAAAUGGAAAAAUCAAAUUUAAAUCAAACUCAAUAGCAAUUUUUAUCUCUUUAACCCAUACAGCUUGGAGUAAAAGAGAAAAUAGACUCCAAUCAGAUCACCCAAAAUUUAUUGAAAGUAGGUUAGAGCAUUCUAAAAGAUGCAAAUAAGGACAUCUCAGAAUUAUCGCAGAUAAAGUAACAGCCAUAGAAUAGUUAGAAAUAAUAAUAAAUUAGGCGAAUAAAUCAUAAAUUAAGAGCUACGAACUAUUAGAAUUUUCAUAAGAAUAAUUGA